AUGGCAAUUCAAGCAUUAGUUAUCACGUCGAUUACCUCGGUCAUUCCGGCAGCGCAGAUCGAUGUGAAACGGUAUAACCACUUGGCUGGUCUGCACAUGGCAGAUCCAAAUCUUGGUACACCAGGCGUCAUCGACCUAUUAUUAGGGGCCGAUUUUUGGGGUCUCAUCUUGGAAGGAGACAUCAUUCGUGGUGGGCAGAACGAACCUCAUGCUCAACUUACGCGGUUCGGUUGCGUCAUCUUUGGUCCAACAUCCGCAGCCAACCAAGACACACCUAGCUUGCAGGCAUAUCGUGCCCAGAUUUUGGAAGAUAGUCGUUUAGAUGCGAUUUUGAGUAUUUUCUGGAAGCUGGAAGAGGAGCCUGCGUGCGCUGAGACUGUUGAUGACGAGAGCGAGCUGAUAUUUUCGAAGACACACACGCGUACUCCGGAGGGCCGCUACAUGCGCCGGCUGGCGGUCGAUAAAGACAUGCGUGAUAAAUAUAUAGAGUUCAUGAGGGAGUACAUCGAAGUGGGUCACAUGGAACCCGUGGAUAACCCAGGUGAUCACUCCCGUACAUACUACAUUCCGCAUCAUGCGGUGACAGAGAAAUUCCGCGUCGUUUUUAGCGCAUCUGCGCGAACUUCGAAUGGCGUCUCGCUUAACGAAAUACAAUUGGUUGGACCCAAUCUUCAAGACCCUUUGAUUAACAUUAUACUUCGCUUUCGGAGAUACCCCGUCGCUCUUACGGCGGAUGUGGAAAAGAUGUUUCGUCAAGUUUUGGUAGCUCCAGAAGACCGAGAUCUACAACGAAUUCUUUGGCGAGAAGCACCGGCCGAGGACAUAAGAGUAUAUCGUCUUAAAACUGUGGCAUAUGGAAUGGCAUGCAGCCCGUACAACGCGGUUCGCUCAUUAAAUCAGUACGCGAUAGACAACUACAAACGGGUGAGUGAUCAUAAUCAGGCCAUAACCGCACGUAACACCAUACUGUCUUCAUUUUACGUGAACGAUUUUCUCACAAGCUGUGCUGAUACUCAGGAAGCAAUUACUUUGGCGAAUGCGGUGGAUACGAUCCUAUCAUCUGGGUGCUUCAAACUACGUAAGUAG